GUAUGCGUCAGGCAUUUGACGUUUAUACCAGACGUUUUUCUUUCUUUACAAUUUUUUUGCAAUUAACUACAAAUAUUUAAAAUGCCGCUCCUUAUAAACAACAAAAGUGUUUUGGAGUUCCAAGAAUUAAAAUCGAAAAGCGAUGUAAUCCACCUAAUAACCUCAGAAUUGAAUAUAAAACCGGAAGAUUAUUAUCUUGUUUAUAACGGAAAAAAGUACGAAGAAGGAAUACUAGGUGAAAAUGAUAACAUACACAUUAUCCCAAGACUUUUGGCAGGAAAGGGUGGAUUUGGUUCAAUGCUCCGAGCAAUUGGAGCACAGAUAGAAAAAACUACAAACAGAGAGGCAUGCAGGGAUCUAAGCGGAAGAAGAUUAAGGGACAUAAACGAAGAAAAGAGGUUAAAGAAUUGGAUAAAUACUCAAGCUGACAGAGAGAAAGAAGCAAAGGAAAGAAAGAAGAAAAAACUUGAGCGUUUAUGUGAGCUUCCAAAACACGAAUUUAAAGAUGAAACAUAUGAUAAAGAACGUUCAACUCUGCCUGAGAGUGUGGAAGAUGCUAUUACACAUGGUCUUCAAGCCUCAGGUAGUUCAAAAAGGGAAAAUGCCACUAAAGGAAAGGAAAUUGUAAAGAAGAAAAAACCCAAGUUAUGGGUUGAUGAUGAUAUGGAUGAUUUAAGUUCUUCAAAUGAUGAAGCCAGUGAGAAAGAGGAUCAAAAAGAAGAAAAUUCAAAUAAUUCUAAUGAUUCAAAAACAAGUUCUGAAGAAAAACCAGAAGAAUCUAAAAAUGGUACUUCACAAGUAAAAAAUAAAGAAGAAAGUACAAAAGAUGAUGAAGAAAAGGAAAAGAAAAAAAUAUAACUAAUUAAGUUUUUAGUUUUUAUUUAAAUACUUAAAGUGACAUAAUAAAGAAUAUUUUUUUAAUUAAUUGCA